AUGGGAGCGUGUUGCAGUUGUCUGAAAGAGUCCAAUGACGACGCUGUUGUUCUACCUAUAGCAGAUAAUGAGAGGGAGGCGGUGACGUCCCUUUUGGGUUAUUUAGAGGACAAGGACAAUUAUGAUUUUUACGCUGGGGGACCUUUGAAGGCGUUGACGACGUUGGUUUACAGUGAUAAUCUGAAUUUGCAGCGGAGUGCUGCGUUGGCGUUUGCUGAGAUCACGGAGAAGUAUGUUAGGCCGGUGGAUAGAGAGGUUUUGGAGCCUAUUUUGAUAUUAUUGCAGAGCAACGACCCACAAAUCCAGAUAGCAGCUUGUGCGGCGUUGGGGAAUUUGGCAGUGAAUAAUGAAAAUAAGAUUCUGAUUGUGGAGAUGGGGGGGUUGGAGCCGUUGAUAGAACAGAUGAAAAGUAACAAUGUAGAAGUACAAUGCAAUGCGGUGGGUUGUAUUACGAAUUUGGCGACGCAGGACGACAACAAGGCGAAGAUUGCACAUUCUGGUGCGUUGGUACCUUUAACUAAGUUGGCUAAGUCGAAGAAUAUUCGAGUGCAGAGAAAUGCAACGGGGGCAUUGUUGAAUAUGACACAUUCAGGAGAGAAUAGGAAGGAGUUGGUGGACGCUGGUGCGGUGCCAGUGCUAGUUUCUCUCUUAUCAUCAUCAGAUGCGGAUGUGCAGUAUUACUGUACCACGGCGUUGUCGAACAUUGCAGUAGAUGAGUCUAAUAGACGCAAGUUAUCGCAGACGGAACCCCGGUUGGUGUCUAAGCUAGUGGUAUUGACGGAUUCGCCAUCUGCUCGUGUUAAAUGUCAGGCCACUCUUGCGCUUCGGAACUUAGCUUCUGAUACGGGUUAUCAGUUGGAAAUUGUCAGGGCAGGUGGUUUAGGUCAUUUGGUAAAAUUAAUUCAGUGUAGUUCUAUGCCCUUGGUCCUUGCGAGUGUUGCGUGCAUAAGAAAUAUAUCCAUUCAUCCUUUGAACGAGGGAUUGAUUGUUGAUGCAGGCUUCCUAAAACCCCUGGUGAAGCUACUUGACUAUACAGAUAAUGAAGAGAUUCAGUGCCAUGCCGUUUCAACAUUGAGAAAUUUAGCCGCAUCUUCAGAAAAAAAUCGACAGGAAUUUUUCGAAAGUGGUGCAGUUGAAAAGUGUAAACAAUUGGCUCUCAUAUCUCCUAUUUGUGUCCAGAGUGAAAUUUCUGCAUGCUUUGCUAUUCUUGCCUUGGCUGACAAUUCAAAACUAGAACUACUUGAUGCCAACAUCCUAGAAGCGUUGAUUCCCAUGACCUUCUCCUCAAAUCAAGAGGUUGCAGGCAACGCAGCUGCCGCCCUAGCUAACCUUUGUUCGCGGAUUAAUAAUUAUGAAAAAAUCAUUGAGUCAUGGAAUGAACCAAACAGGGGUGUAUGUGGGUUUUUGAUCAGAUUUUUGAAAAGUGAGUAUCCUACUUUUGAGCACAUUGCAUUGUGGACUAUUUUACAGUUAUUGGAAUCCCAUCAUGAUACCAUGCUUGAGAUGAUAAAGUACGAUAAAGAGAUAGUAAAGAGCAUCAAGAGAUUGUCCGAUAUCAAUUACGAUAAUGCCCAAAAGGCCUCCUCUUCGCAUUCACAAUCACAGCAGCUCAACGGCGGAAGUAUUGCAUCCGGGUCGGAACAAUAUGAACACGCAAGUUUGGAACUAUAUAACAUCACACAACAAAUAAUGCAAUUCUUGAAUUAA